CCGUGUGAGUACCUACUAUGUGCCAGCCUGUGCCAGGCACUGGGGACACAGGUGGAAAAGUCCAAGUUGUUCCCUGCUUUUCUGAUUCUCAUCAUCCCGGAGCGUUAUGUCAUGCCCAGACCAGCAGAGGGCUCCAUGAGGAGUUAUAGAAGAUGCCCCGUGUCUCCUCCGCGCCUUUGGUGCUGCUUCCCGCGUGGCUCGUGAUGGUUGCCUGUAGCCCACACUCCCUGAGGAUUGCUGCUAUCUUGGAUGACCCCAUGGAGUGCAGCAGAGGGGAACGGCUCUCCAUCACCCUGGCCAAGAACCGCAUCAACCGCGCACCAGAGAGACUGGGCAAGGCCAAGGUCGAAGUGGACAUCUUUGAGCUUCUCAGAGACAGCGAGUACGAAACUGCAGAAACCAUGUGUCAGAUCCUCCCCAAGGGAGUGGUGGCUGUCCUGGGACCAUCCUCAAGCCCAGCCUCCAGCUCUAUCAUCAGCAACAUCUGUGGUGAGAAGGAGGUCCCUCAUUUCAAAGUGGCCCCAGAGGAGUUUGUCAGGUUCCAGCUGCAGAGAUUCACCACCCUGAACCUUCACCCCAGCAACACGGACAUCAGCGUGGCUGUGGCUGGGAUCCUGAACUUCUUCAACUGCACCACCGCCUGCCUCAUCUGUGCCAAAGCAGAAUGCCUUUUAAACCUGGAGAAGCUGCUCCGGCAAUUCCUUAUCUCCAAGGACACACUCUCAGUCCGGAUGCUGGAUGACACGCGGGACCCCACUCCGCUCCUCAAGGAGAUCCGGGACGACAAGACAGCUACCAUCAUCAUCCAUGCCAACGCCUCCAUGUCCCACACCAUCCUCCUGAAGGCAGCUGAGCUGGGGAUGGUGUCGGCCUAUUAUACAUACAUCUUCACCAAUCUGGAAUUCUCCCUCCAGAGAAUGGACAGUCUUGUGGAUGACAGAGUCAACAUCUUAGGAUUUUCCAUUUUCAACCAAUCCCAUGCUUUCUUCCAAGAGUUCUCCCAGAGCCUCAACCAAUCCUGGCAGGAGAACUGUGACCAUGUGCCCUUCACUGGCCCUGCGCUGUCCUCCGCCCUGCUGUUUGACGCUGUCUACGCUGUGGUGACGGCAGUGCAGGAACUGAACCGGAGCCAGGAGAUUGGUGUGAAGCCCCUGUCCUGCGGCUCAGCCCAGAUCUGGCAGCAUGGCACCAGCCUCAUGAACUACCUGCGCAUGGUAGAAUUGGAAGGUCUCACCGGCCACAUUGAAUUCAACAGCAAAGGCCAGAGGUCCAACUAUGCCUUGAAAAUAUUACAGUUCACCAGAAAUGGUUUCCGGCAGAUCGGCCAGUGGCACGUGGCAGAGGGCCUGAGCAUGGACAGCCGCCUCUACGCCUCCAACAUCUCCGACAGUCUUUUCAACACCACCUUGGUCGUCACCACCAUCCUGGAAAACCCGUACUUAAUGCUGAAGGGGAACCACCAGGAGAUGGAAGGCAAUGACCGCUACGAGGGCUUCUGUGUGGACAUGCUCAAGGAGUUGGCUGAGAUCCUACGGUUCAACUACAAGAUCCGCCUUGUCGGGGAUGGUGUAUAUGGCGUGCCUGAGGCCAACGGCACCUGGACAGGCAUGGUUGGGGAGCUGAUUGCUCGGAAAGCUGAUCUGGCUGUGGCAGGCCUCACCAUCACAGCUGAACGUGAGAAAGUGAUUGAUUUCUCGAAGCCAUUCAUGACGCUGGGAAUUAGUAUUCUUUACAGAGUUCAUAUGGGACGCAGACCGGGCUAUUUCUCCUUUCUGGACCCCUUCUCUCCAGGAGUCUGGCUCUUCAUGCUUCUGGCUUACUUGGCUGUCAGCUGUGUCCUCUUCCUGGUGGCUCGGUUAACUCCCUACGAGUGGUAUAGUCCACAUCCUUGUGCGCAGGGCCGGUGUAACCUUCUGGUCAACCAGUACUCCUUAGGCAACAGCCUCUGGUUUCCAGUCGGAGGCUUCAUGCAGCAAGGCUCUACCAUCGCCCCUCGCGCCUUGUCCACCCGCUGCGUCAGUGGCGUCUGGUGGGCAUUCACCCUCAUCAUCAUCUCCUCGUACACGGCCAACCUGGCCGCCUUCCUGACUGUGCAGCGUAUGGAAGUGCCCAUCGAGUCAGUGGACGACCUGGCUGACCAGACCACCAUCGAGUAUGGCACGAUUCAUGGAGGCUCCAGCAUGACUUUCUUCCAAAAUUCCCGUUACCAGACCUACCAACGUAUGUGGAAUUAUAUGUACUCCAAGCAGCCGAGUGUGUUUGUGAAGAGCACGGAGGAGGGAAUUGCCAGGGUGUUGAAUUCCAACUACGCCUUCCUGCUGGAGUCCACCAUGAAUGAGUACUAUCGGCAGCGAAACUGCAACCUCACUCAGAUUGGGGGCCUGCUGGACACCAAGGGCUAUGGGAUUGGCAUGCCAGUCGGCUCAGUGUUCCGGGAUGAGUUCGACCUGGCCAUUCUCCAGCUGCAGGAGAACAACCGCCUGGAGAUUCUGAAGCGAAAGUGGUGGGAAGGGGGGAAAUGCCCCAAGGAGGAAGAUCACCGAGCCAAAGGCCUGGGAAUGGAAAAUAUUGGUGGAAUCUUUGUGGUUCUUAUUUGUGGCUUAAUAGUGGCCAUUUUCAUGGCUAUGUUGGAGUUUUUAUGGACUCUCAGACACUCAGAAGCAUCUGAGGUGUCUGUGUGUCAGGAGAUGGUGACGGAGCUGCGCAGCAUCAUCUUGUGCCAGGAUAGUAUCCACCCGAGGCGGCGGCGCUCUGGAGGCCUGCCACCCCCACCCCCUGUCCUGGAGGAGCGCCGGCCCCGGGGCACGGCGACGCUCAGCAAUGGCAAGCUGUGUGGCGCCGGGGAGCCCGACCAGCUGGCGCAGAGACUGGCACAAGAGGCCGCCCUAGUGGCUCGCGGCUGCACGCACAUUCGCGUGUGCCCGGAGUGCCGCCGCUUCCAGGGCCUGCGGGCGCGACCAUCUCCGGCUCGCAGCGAGGAGAGCCUGGAGUGGGACAAGACCACUAACAGCAGCGAGCCGGAGUAGUGGCCCGAAGGACCGCGGAGCCAGGCGGGGAGGCGGGAGGGUAGACUUGGCAACAUCGUUCUCUCCAAAUUCAAGACUCAAUCACUUUACAAGGGCAUCAGAGCCUGAUGCUCCAGAAGGAGAAGGAUACCGCCCUGUGGGAGAGCAGGUCUAUCUGGACGUUGCAUCCACGUGGCAGAGAUGCUGGCCCUUGUGGGCACAAGGACCCAUCUCCUCCCAGAGGGCCUUUCUUUCAAACCCAAAUAACAUGGAGUCUGGGUAAUGGGACCCCGGCAGGGGAAGUUCAAGAAAUUGAUGGACUCAUCAGUUGAAUUCCCCCCUAGGAAGGGGCCAUUGUACCCUGGGUCUAGUUCUUAACAGAAAAAAAAAAAUUAAACCCAACAGGGAAGUUUUUCUUUUCUGAA